AUGAGCUCACCGGAAAACCGCCAGCGGGUGCCCUCCCUCGAUCCGUUUUCCCACCCCGAUGUCUACUAUGGCAACGAAGAUUCGCUGUCCAGAGCCAGAGAUCGGCGCCGUGCUUUCUCAGUGAGCGUCAAUAAGGACUAUCACAGCCGUGAAGAUAUCAGUUUGCCGUCUAGACGUGGUAGCCACGAUGAGUCCUCCGGACAACCCCGCAAAUUCCUCAUCAAGGUCGACGAAACCCUCGAAUCCCUCCUGAAGCAAGAAGAUACGGAUCAAAACAUGCAGAUUACGAUUGAAGAUCUUGGCCCAAAGACUCUCUCGAUUGGAACAGCCGCUUCCUCCGGCAUCCGGCGUGUGGAUAUCCGCGGUACCUACAUGCUCUCCAAUCUCCUACAGGAGCUUACAAUCGCCAAAGACUACGGCCGCAAAGAAAUCGUUCUCGACGAGGCUCGACUCAGCGAAAACCCAGUGGCGCGACUCUCUCGUUUGAUCAAAAAGUCGUUUUGGGUGGCACUUACCAGACGCAUUGAUGGUUCAAAUAUCGAAGUGGCGGGCAAAGAUCCGAAAGAUUGGACCGACGACCUCAUUGCGAAGGCUCACCCCGAAUUGCGUUUGGAAGUGCUCAUGCUCGAAGAAAAAAUAACUCCUGAUUAUGUUGUCACGAAGCUUGGUGAGAAGCCAGGCUUACUGGCGCUAGCAAUGGAGAAAGUAAUUGAUGAAAAGACUGGCAAAGAAGAUCUCAGGGGUGUUCCAUUCGUGGUACCUGGUGGUCGAUUCAAUGAAUUGUACGGAUGGGAUAGCUACAUGGAGUCUCUCGGCCUGAUCGUCAGCGACCGCGUUGACCUUGCCAAGGGCAUGGUUGUGAACUUCUGCUUCAGCAUCAAGCACUACGGAAAGAUCCUCAACGCCAAUCGAAGCUACUACCUCACACGCUCCCAGCCUCCGUUCUUGACCGACAUGGCCUUGCGGGUCUAUGAGCGCAUCAAGAAUGAGCCCGAUUCCAAGGAGUUCCUCCGAAAUGCCGUUCUCGCUGCUAUCAAGGAGUACUACAGUGUCUGGGCAUGUGAACCCCGUCUUGAUCUCAUUACUGGUCUUUCCAGAUACCGCCCUGAGGGAUGGGGUGUGCCACCUGAAACUGAGCCAAGCCAUUUCACUCACAUUCUUAUGCCGUAUGCGGAGAAGCACGGUAUGAGUUUCGAGCAGUUUGUCAAAGCUUACAACUCUCGCGAAGUUGUCGAAGAGGAGCUGGACGAGUACUUCCUGCACGAUCGUGCCGUGCGUGAGUCCGGUCAUGACACAAGUUACCGUCUUGAGCGCGUGUGCGGCAACCUGGCGACAAUUGACCUCAACUCUUUGCUGUACAAGUACGAGGUGGACAUUGCCCGCAUCAUCCGCAUCCACUUCAAAGACAAGCUUUCCAUCCCUGCUGAGUUCCGCACACCCAUGUCGAAAGAUACUGAAUUCGAGUCCUCCGCUACCUGGGACCGCCGUGCGCGCAAGCGCAAGCAGGCUAUGGACAAGUAUCUCUGGAACGAGGAGAAGGGCAUGUACUUCGACUACGAUACUGUCAAGCAAGAACAAACGGACUAUGAGACUGCGACUACUUUCUGGUCCAUGUGGGCUGGUCUCGCUACACCUGCCCAGGCUGCUGCACUGGUGUCGAAGGCCCUGCCUCGGCUGGAGGCUUUCGGUGGUCUGGUUUCAGGUACGGAGGAGUCCCGCGGACCAGUCGGCUUGGAACGUCCGAACCGCCAAUGGGAUUAUCCCUACGGCUGGGCGCCACAGCAGAUGCUCGCGUGGACAGGCUUGAUGCGAUACGGAUACCAGGAAGAAGCAGAGCGACUUGCGUACAAGUGGCUGUACAUGAUCACAAAGGCGUUUGUCGACUUUAAUGGUGUGGUCGUGGAGAAGUAUGAUGUGACUCGGCCCAUUGAUCCCCACCGGGUCGAUGCCGAGUACGGCAACCAAGGAACCAAUUUCAAGGGUGCGCCACGUGAAGGAUUCGGCUGGGUCAAUGCUAGCUAUGUCUACGGAUUGGAGAUUCUCAACGCGCACAUGAGACGCUCUUUGGGAACUAUCACGCCUUAUGAGACUUAUAAAAAGGCAGUCUUGGCUCAGGAUGCUUACUGA